UAUCGACAGUCGAGUCAACACACCUUUACGACAACACCUGAGACAGUUCCCGUCGUUUUUUUUUUCUUUUGACGAGGAUUUCUUUAAGGCGUUUGACCACAGUAGACGCCAUGUCUAUCAGGCUGCCAGACGGGACGCCUGUCGCGGUGAGCGGUACGGAGUCGUCGGGGGGUGGUGAUGAAAUGGCGGGAAGGGCCACACGUGUGGGACGGCACGGGCCCGGCGGCGGCGGCGGGGCAGGCACAGGCACGGACCGAGCGUCCAGGUACAACCGCCUGUCUUCCCUCAUGAAGGGGAAACGAGAAGCAUCGACGGCGGCACAAGCUCAAGCGCACGACCCAGGCUUCAGCCGUCCCUACACCGGUUAUACAGCCACAAACACUAGUAGUUACCGACAAGGCUCGUUCAUGGCGGGAGGGGCCCACCAGGGAGGGUAUGCGGCCGGCUCUACUGGAUUUUCCGCGGGUUAUAGGUCGGCAGCUUCGGGCGGGGGUUUUGGAGGCUUCACAGGAGGAGCUGGAGGAAGGUCUCGUGCUGCCGAAGUCUUCCCGUCGGUGUUCGGAGGGACCGGCGCCGCGGGAGGGUCGUCCUACUCCCGCGCGGGGAUGGGCGGAGGUUACGGUGGCGGCGGAUCCGGACUUGGCGGUGGUCUCGGUGGCGGACACGCCGGGUUCGCGCCGUCCGGGUUCCACGGCGGUUUCCCUGGAGGAGGAGGAGGAGGACAAGGGUUCGGACAGAACGACUUCACGUCCACCACGGACGGUCUCUUCGACUCCCACCGUCCCCAGAACUUCGGAUUCGGCGGCAUGAAGAUGGGGGAUCCGCUGGACUUUGACGACCUCGACCCGCUAACCCCCGUCACCCCGGACAUCCCCACGUCCUUCCCCGACCACCUUCGUCGUCAGCCCGCUGCCGAGACACACAGGGCGUCCUACUUCGACAGGUUUAAAACCAGCGAGUCUUCGGCCCCGAAAGAGUCGGUAACUCAGAACGGGGACGACCACCUCUUCAUCAGUAAAGCCUACAUCGAGCUGGAGAGGGGAGGGCGAAAAAUCCAGAACCCGCUGGUCAUACCAGACCCACCGGCUGAAGAUGACGGGCCUCUCAAACUGACCAAGAUCGACUUUCUGACUGAGGAGAACGCCCGUGAGCACCACACGGAUGAGUUUGAGGAACAUAACGUGGUCCGGCGGGGACAGCCCUUCUAUGUGGAGCUGCACAUCGAGAACUAUGACCCAAAUGAGGACAUUCUUCACGUGGAACUUCACUUUGGGAGCAACCCUGUACCAAACAAGGGCACGCUGCGGCGUAUGCCAGUUGAAAAGUCUUUGGAGGAAGGAAAAUGGAGUUCUGCGAUUAAGAGCAUGAAGCCGGGAGUAUAUGAGGUGGCAAUCACCACGCCUCCUGACGCCAUCGUCGGCAGGUAUCACGUAGUCAUCGAGACGACGUCAGACGGCAAGACGUUCCGCAGCAGGAAGACGGACGACAACACCGUGGUCAUUCUCUUCAACCCAUGGGUCAAGGAUGAUUUCACGUACAUGGAUGAUGAGGCCAAGCUGGGUGAGUACGUUCUGAACGAACAUGGCUACCAGUACAAUGGUACCAGCAGGUGGCCCGGGCGGCGACCAUGGAACUUUGGACAGUUCGAGCCCAAGAUUCUGGAUGCGUGCUUGUGGCUUCUGGAUAGCUCAAACAUACGGAACGAGAGUCGGGGAGACGCUGUUGUGGUCAGCAGAGUCGUCUCGAAGAUGGUGAACUCCAAUGACGAUAAUGGCGUGUUGGCCGGGAAAUGGGAAGAGCCCUAUUCCGGCGGGAUGUUCCCCUGGAGCUGGAACGGCAGUGUGGAGAUCCUUCUUCAGCAUCACGCGCAAAAACGACCAGUAAAGUUCGGACAGUGCUGGGUCUUCUCUGGUGUUACGACGACAGUUCUCCGAUGUCUCGGGAUUCCUGCCCGCAGCGUCACUAACUUUGAUUCCGCGCACGACACUGACGUCAGCAUGACCAUAGACUCCUACUAUGACGAGCGUGGGCGUCCUGUCAACUUCACCGGAAGGAAUGACUCGGUCUGGAACUUCCACGUGUGGAACGAGGCGUGGAUGGCCCGGCCUGACCUACCGGAGGGGUAUGGAGGCUGGCAGGCGUUGGACGCCACGCCGCAGGAAUUAAGCGACGGUAAAAGCCAGUGCGGACCCUGCCCUGUCUCUGCAAUAAAAAACGGGCACGUCUACUUGCCGUACGACACCAAGUUCGUCUUCGCCGAGGUGAACGCCGACAGGGUGAGCUGGCAGGUGGACAGGCGUAGGAACCUGACUAAGACGGGCACCUACAAGAACGCCAUCGGUCACAGAAUAAGCACCAAGGCUGUCGGCUCCAACGACAGGGAAGAUGUGACGGAGAACUACAAGUAUCCUGAAGGUUCUGACCAGGAGCGUGUGGCAGUCCGCACUGCAGUUUCACACGGAAUGCGGCCGAACACUUACGACGACGUCAUUAAAGAGGAGGACGUGGAAUUCAAAAUCCAUGCCGACGAUGAUAUCUACAUAGGCGAGAAUAUUCACGUGAGACUGACCAUGAAGAACCUCACUUCUGAACCUCGCCGUGUCACGGCCCACCUGACUGCCCAGGCCAUGUACUACACCGGCGUGCCUGCGUAUGACAUCGGAGAGAUGGAGGAGGACGUCACAGUUCCACCAAGGGGAGAGGCUUCCGUGGAGAUGACCUACACGCCCAAGGAGUAUCUGGACAAGCUGGUGGAACAGGCAAUCGUGAAGGUUCACGCCUUGGCGCACGUGGACACCACUGGCCAGGUCUACGUAGGACAAGAUGACUUCCUGCUCAUAAGUCCGGAGCUCAUCAUCAAGGCUCCAGAUGAGAUCUAUGUAGGCGAACAGGUCACAGCAGAGAUCGAGUUCACCAAUCCUCUGGACGUCACUCUGUCCAAGGCAGAGUUUUAUAUCGAGGGCCCUGGACUGCAGAAAGCAAAGAAAAUCUCUCACAAACCCAUCAAACCAGGAGAGACAGCACGCGUGACGGAGAAGAUAACACCUAGGAAGUGGGGGAAGAAAACCAUCAUAGCGUCCUUCACCUCCGACAAGAUCAAACAGGUCACCGGCGAGCUCGACGUCCAAGUCAAUGAAUUAAACCUAUCUUACUAUACGGGUCACCGGCGACCUCGACGUCCAAGUCAAUGAAUUAAACCUAUCUUACUAUACGGGUCACCGGCGAGCUCGACGUCCAAGUCAAUGAAUUAAACCUAUCUUACUAUACGGGUCUGAAAUAUGGGGGGGUUUCAAAAGCCAAAAAUUCUGCCCUAUUGAAUCAGUCCUUUUAAAAUUUUGCAAACAUUCACUUAACAUCCCCAAAACAGCUAGUAAUCUUGCAUCACUGGCAGAACUAGGGAGAUACCCCAUUCACCUAGAGGCCUCCCUAAAUGCCAUCAAGUAUUUCAUUCGACUCUGUAAGAACGUACCAGCUGACACCCUUCAGGCAGACGCUCUUCUAUGUCAAGUAGAUUGAGAAGCAUCAGGUACAAAAUGUUGGGCGUCUGGUGUACGCAAAACUCUAGAGGAAUGUGGUUAUGCUUUCGUCUGGCAAAAUCCCCAGUCAAUUGUCUCAAACACGUCCCCUAUUAUGUCAUCAAUUUAUCAGCGUAUAAAAGAUAUCUAUUUUCAGACAUUUCUAUCCGAAAUCCACGACGAUAACAGAAUUGCAAAUGCAAAGAAUAAACUCAGAUUAUACAGACUAGUAAAACAUUCUUAUAACGAAGAAGAAUAUCUUAAAUUAGCAAAUGUACGUCAUAGAUCCACUAUCACAAAACUAAGAAUCAGUUGUCACAAAUUGCGAAUUGAAGCAGGAAGACAUAACCGCACUCCCUUAGAGCAAAGAAUCUGCCAAUUUUGUAGCCUAGAUAGAGUAGAGGACGAAGGCAAAAAUGUACAAUAAAGGUCUCCAUUCAUUCAUUCAUUAAUCGGCCUUUGAAAUUAUGAAAAAAUGCGGUAUUUGGCCUCGUAGAAGGCAUCAGAUAUUUCUGCCCAUACAUCCUUUACAGGAACUGGUUAUGAAUUUAAAAAAAUGCGAUAUUUGGCGACGUAGAAGGCAUCCCAUACAUGCUUUACAGGAACUGGUUUACGUUCAACAUUUUCUUACGCUAGAUACACAUGGGAAAGGACACAAAAUGG